AUGCCACCUCCAUACCGUCAACCCUCCCAAGUAGGCGCCACAGCAGCGACAAAACGCCCCUUCAAACCUCCGGUUAUUGCAAAGGGUGGCGCAACCUCUUCUUCCAGCGGCAACGCCCCUUCCAGACCUGCUCCCACAGCACAAAAACCCACCGUAUCCGGCACAAGACCACAAGCAUGGAACACCACCCACACUUCCGGCUUCCAAUCCGCCAGCGCGCAAUUCGACAAGGAUGAUCUCGAAGCCCUGAUGAUCUCCGACGAAGACGAAGACAAUGACGACUUUUCCGCCGCCCCCACCAGACGUCCUGCUCCACCCACCACCCUCGAACCAGCAGCAAAACGCCAAAAGACAGUGCCGCAAUCACCCACGCGACUGCCUUCUCUAUCGCCAUUGUCUUCGGCCGUUCAACCUGAGCCUGUUCCAGCUGCACCCACACACUCCGCUGCAGCAACAAUAGGCAGUAANAAAGAUGAUAUACCGCUGCUUCCAUCGGCACUUUUGACGCGUUUGCUACAUGAAAGUUUUGAAGACAAGAGCAUGAAGAUAGGCAANGAUGCCAAUGCCUUGACGGCAAGAUAUUUGGAUUUGUUUGUCAGAGAGGCGGUGGCUAGAGCUACUGAAGUCGCGAAAGAAAGGAAAGAGAUGAGGGAGGCCGGAGGUCAAAAGGUGGAUGAUGGGCUUUGGUUGGAUCUACAGGAUCUGGAAGAAGUCGCGCCAGGGCUGGUGUUGGAUUUCUAA